AUGGAAACCACCAACAAAAGCCAAAAACGAAAAAAAUCGGGCGCAGAGAACAAAAAGGCAAGGAAAGCAAGGAGGGAAGAAAACGAAAAACUUGGAUCGUUCAUGAAAAGCUAUUUCACAAAAUCAAGCAAAUCAUCAUAUGGAGACGAUGCUUCCAGUAAUGACCAAGAUGCUCUAAAUGCUGGACGAGACAAAAAAAAGGAAAGCAAAGAUGUAAAAGAUGGUAUAAAAAAUGCAAGUCCAGACAAGCCAUGUGAUGUGGAUGACAAAAACGACGUAGAAGAUGAGGUCGAAGUGGUUCAAGAUUCUGUAAGUCUUCCAGAGUUUGAUAGCGGGCGCGAAGUUAGUGAAGGGAAAGUUCGGGACGACGAGAUGGACGUGCAAGAAUCUGCAGUGUCUGGUGUAGCAACUGCAUCUGAGUUCGAUCCUGAUUCAUCUGCCGAAUUUAAUGACAGCAGAUUUCGCGAUAGAAUUACUGACUUUGAAACCGGACAUCCAGUUCUUAACGAAGCUUUGAAUACAUCAAUACAGAAUCGGGGCGAAGAAGACACAAUCAUCAUUGAACAGUGCAUGCUCCGGAGAAAUCCAGCUUUUGUAAAUGAUGGAGGGAAUGAAACCAAUGAUCCCGCGUUACUUGUUGGCAUGAAGUUCGGAAUAGAGGAUAAAGAAAAGCUUUGUAAAAAUGAACCAUGUCAGCCACCCGAAUCCGUUUUAUCUGAGAGAAAAAAGAAAAUUGGAGAACGUAACCGGUACUGCUCGCAGGCGGUAUUCAUUCACGAAGAUCAGACUAGGCGCAAAUGGCUUUCAUACUCGCUAAGUAAGGAUUGUCUAUUCUGCCUCCCAUGUCUCCUAUUUUCAGAUGAAUGUUUAAGAGGCGAAAACACGCGCCACAACUAA